AUGGAGCGACAAUCAAGUCGUUUUGACUGGGCUCAUUCAUCUAUUUUACGUUUCUUUCAUGUAUUAUUUUGGUGGUGGCUUAAUCCUAUACUUUCAUUAGGUUAUAAACGUGAAUUAACUGAUGAAGAUCUUGAUGAUUUAUCAGUGAAUGAUAAAUGUUCUGGAUUAUUAAAUAAACUUAGUUAUUAUAGUGAUAAUAAUUUAUGGUUAACAAAUACAACCACAUGGCAUAUAAUUAUGCGAGCUUUUUGGAAACAAUGUGUUUUUGUCAUAUUUCUAUUGAUACCGUAUAAUGCAGCACGGGUUGCUCAGCCACUUCUUCUUCGACAAAUUGUAUUAUAUAUCAUUAGUCAAAAAUCUCAAUCAAAACCAUCGACAACAUUUUAUGAAGUCUAUGCGGGUUAUCUCUAUGCUUUAGGUUUAUUUGCAUGUUCAGCAACACAAGCUUUUCUUCAUCAACAAGCUUAUUUUCGUACAACUCGUAUGGGUAUGCGUGUUCGUAAUGCAUUAUCAGCAACUAUUUAUAAACGUUUAUUAUCACUCAGUACAGCAUCUUUACAACAAACAACAACAGCUGCACAAGUAAUUAAUUUAGUCGCUAAUGAUGCAAGUAAAUUUGAAGAAUUUGGUCAAUAUAUGCAUUAUCUUUGGGAAGCACCACUUCAAGCAUUAGUUGCAUUUGGUUUAAUAUGGUGGUCAAUUGGUAUAUUACCUACAUUGUUUGGUUAUGGUGUACUUAUCCUUCUUAUACCUUUACAAUUAAGAUUUGGUCGACUAUUUAGUAAAUAUCGUAAAACAACUAUGGCAUGUGCUGAUAAACGUGUUCAAGCAAUAAAUGAACUUGUUAAUGGAUGCCAAAUUGUAAAAAUGUAUAAUUGGGAAAAACCAAUGGAACAACGUGUGUAUGAUUUACGCAAAAAUGAAUUAGCUAGUAUUCUGCGUGCAAGUCGUUUACGUGCAAUUAAUAUGGGUCUAUAUUUUUCAUCAUUACCACUUAUUUCAUUAGCAACUUUUGGUGGUUAUUGGCUCAUGGGUCAUGAGUUAAAACCAGUCGAUAUUUUUACUGCUCUAACAUUUUUUGGUUUGAUACGAGUACCAGUAACAAAUUAUUUACCAGUAGCUAUUGAACGAUUUGCUGAAAUGUUGGCUGCAUCUAAACGUAUAGAUGCAUUUAUGAGAUUGACAAAAAUACAAGAACACAUAACAUCUGAACCACAAAUGGGAACAACAAUAAUAUCAAUGAAUAAUGCAUCAUUCUCAUGGACAGAAACAACAUGUCUAACUAAUCUUACAAUUAAUAUAGACCGUGGUACAUUAGUCGGUAUUGCAGGACCUGUUGGAGCAGGUAAAUCAUCUUUAUUAUGUGCUAUUUUAGGUGAAAUGACAUUAGUAAGUGGUGAUUUAAAAGUGUUUGGUUCUUUUGCAUAUGCUUCACAAUUACCAUGGAUAUUUGCUGAUACUAUCCGAGCUAAUAUUCUUCUUGGUAAACCGUUUGAUGAACAACGUUAUUCAAAUGUAAUACAAGCAUGUUGUCUUGAUGUUGAUUUACUUACAUUUGGAGAAGUUGGUGAUUUAACAGUAGUCGGUGAAAAAGGUGUUAAUAUUAGUGGUGGACAAAAAGCACGAAUUGCAUUAGCACGAGCACUCUAUGUUGAUGCUGAUAUCUAUCUAUUGGAUGAUCCACUUGCUGCUGUAGAUCAAGAAGUAGCUCAAAGAAUUUAUGAUCAAUGUAUUGGACCUAAUGGAUUAUUAAAAGAAAAAACACGUCUUUUAGUUACUCAUCAAACACAAUUUUUACAUAAAUCAACACAUCAAAUCAUAUUUUUAAAAGAUGGUCAAAUUAAUCCAGACGGAUAUCUUGAACAAACCAAAGAAAUAUUAUCAACAACGGAUGAAGAAGAAACUGAAAAAGAAAAAGUAAUACAACCAUUAUUACUUGAUUUAUCAAAAGCUACUGCAGAUAAUAAAUCAAUUGUCGUUAAUGAAACAGCUGCUAUUGGUGCUGUAACUUGGUCAAUAUGGUAUAAAUUAUUUUCUUCAACUCCUUUUGGUUGGUUUGGUUUUUGUUUACUUAUUAUUAUCAUGUUUAUUGCUGAAGCAAUCUUCGAUAUUUCUAAUCGAUGGCUUAGUUUAUGGUCAGCAAAAUCCGAUGAAGAACAAAGAUUAUCUAUGAAUAUGUAUGUUUAUUUAGGUUUAACAUUAGGAACACUUAUUAUCGCUUUAAUACGUGCUCAAUAUUUUUUUUAUCUAAUAUUAUAUAGUUCAAAUCAUUUACAUAAUAGAAUGUUAACAGGAAUAUUAUAUACAUCACUUCGUUUUUUUGAAAGUAAUCCUAGUGGACGUAUUUUAAAUCGAGUUAGUAAAGAUCAACAAGUCAUUGAUGAAUUAUUACCAAUGACUUUGUUUGAUGCUUUACAAUGUUUACUAAUGACAUUAGGCUCAUUAGUAAUUAUUGGUAUUGUUAAUCCAUUGGUACUGCUUAUUCUUAUUCCUCUUUUACCGGCUUUCUGGUGGUUACGUCGUUUUUAUUUACGUUCAAGUCGUCAAAUAAAACGAUUAGAAAGCGUUACACGUAGUCCUGUUUAUGCACUUUUUUCUUCAUCGUUAAAUGGUGGACUUUCAACUAUUCGUGCAUUCAAUGUUCAAGAAGAUUUUAUACAAUUAUUUAUUAAUCGAGUUGACACAAAUUCACGUGCUUUUUUCAUAUUGAUUGCUGCUGUACGUUGGUUUGGUUUACGACUUGAUCUUAUGACAUCAGUACUUUCUUUAAUUACAUCCAUUUUAACAAUAGCAUUUCGUCAUCGUAUUGAUCCAUCAUCUGCAGCACUUAGUCUUAUGUAUUGUAUUAAUUUAACAAUGCUUUUUCAGUGGGCUGUAAGACAAUCAGCUGAAGCAGAAAAUUAUAUGACAAGUGCUGAACGUAUAUAUGAAUAUGGACAAUUAGUACCGGAAGAAAAUGAAAAUAAUAUUGAUUUACUUAUUCAACCAUCAGAGGAUUGGCCAAAUCGAGGAAUCAUUGAAUUUAAGAAGUAUUCAAUGCGUUAUCGAGUAGAAUUGGAAUCUGUUCUUAAUAAUAUUGAUUUACGUAUUGAACCCAAAGAGAAAAUUGGUAUUAUUGGUCGAACAGGUGCUGGAAAAUCUUCUUUAUUUCAAGCUAUAUUUCGUCUUAUUGAUCGACAAUCUGUUAGUGGUCAAAUUUUUAUUGAUGGUAUUGAUAUAAAUUGUAUUUCAUUAAAUAAUCUUCGUUCACGAUUAAGUGUUAUUCCUCAAUCACCAAUUUUAUUUGCUGGAACACUUCGUUAUAAUUUAGAUCCAUUUGAACAAUAUACAGAUGAACAAUGUCUUUUAGCACUUGAAUCAGUUCAACUUAAACAUAUAGUUUCUAAUAGUCCAGCUGGUCUUCAUCAAUUAGUCGCUGAAUCAGGUAGUAAUUUUAGUGCAGGUCAAUGUCAAUUAAUAUGUGUUGCACGUGCUAUUUUAAAACAAAGUAAAAUAUUAAUGAUUGAUGAAGCAACAGCAAAUGUUGAUCGAACAACUGAUUCAUUAAUUCAAAAUGUUAUUGCAGAAAAAUUUCAAAAUAGAACAAUAUUAACUAUUGCUCAUCGAUUAAAUACAGUUGCUAAAAGUGAUAGAAUUAUUGUAUUGCAUCAAGGAAGAGUAGUCGAUUUUGAUAUUCCAAAUAAUAUUUUACCAAAACAUGGACUUAUUCAAUAUGCCGAUAAUGGCAACAAUUGA